AACCGGAUAUUGCUGUAAGACACUGUGGUGCAACUGACGGCGGCGUCGGUCAGUCAGUCGAUCGAUGGUACUCCAGCCUCUUUCUUUGAACAACGGUGGAAAACGUUCUAAUACAGGGCAGCAAUAAAACAACCUCCAAAUUAGACAUAAAAUCAUCGGUUUGAGUGAACCCGUCCAAGGCCCUUUUCACGUCAGCCAUGUCGGGUUCUUACGACGAUUCCAUGAUCGACGUCUCCAGUGACAGCUUCUGGGAGGUGGGCAACUACAAGCGCACUGUGAAGCGCGUCGACGACGGCAACCGGCUGUGCAACGACCUCAUGAGCUGCAUCCACGAGCGGGCGCGCAUCGAGAAGUCAUACGCCCAGCAACUCACUGAGUGGGGAAAGCGCUGGCGGCAGCUCAUAGAGAAAGGUCCUCAAUACGGCAUGCUGGAGCGGGCGUGGUCGUCUUUGUGCACGGAGGCUGAGAAGGUGAGCGAGCUGCAUAUGGAGGUGAAGGCAUCGCUGAUGGGUGAGGACUUUGAGAAACUGAAGAACUGGCAGCGAGACGCCUACCACAAGCAAAUGAUCGGAGGCUUCAAAGAGACCAAGGAGGCCGAGGACGGCUUCCGGAAAGCGCAGAAGCCCUGGGCCAAGAAGCUGAAGGAGGUGGAGACCAUGAAGAAGUCGUACCAUUCCGCCUGCAAGGAGGAGAAGCUGGCAGCCAGCAGGGAGACCAACAGCAAACUUGAGAGCAACAACAAUCCCGAGGCGCAGAAGAAGCUCCAGGAGAAGGUGGAGAAAUGCCAGCAGGAGGCGCACAAGACGAAAGAACGCUAUGAGAAGUCCUUGGAGGAGCUGGACAAGUUGACCCCUCAGUACAUGGAGAAUAUGGAGCAGGUGUUUGAGCAGUGGCAGCAAUUUGAAGACAAACGCAUACGCUUUUUUAAAGACCUUCUCCUGGAGGUGAAGCAGCACUUGGACCUCUCCACCAAUCACAGGUUCCAGACGAUUUACCACACGCUGGAAGACACCAUUUCCGCCACGGAUGCAGAGGAGGACCUGAAAUGGUUCCGAUCCAAUCACGGACCUGGCAUGCCCAUGAACUGGCCCCAAUUUGAGGACUGGUCCAUAGACCUGAACCGGACCCUCAGCAGACGGGAGAAGAAAAAGCCGUCGGAUGGCGUGACACUGACGGGCAUCAGUCAGACUGGAUCCGACCAGCCCGUUCAGCCUCUCAAGAGUAGCAGCAGCAUCACUGCGCCUCCUAAAGCUGCACCCCCUGGCUCCAACCCUUUUGAAGACGACGACGAAAAGGAGGAGGAGGAGGAAGAGGAGGAGGAGGAGGAGGAGGUGGUGGUGGCGGCGGUGGUGGUGGAGGAGGAUGAUGAUGAGGUUGAGGAGACGAGGAACCACAUCAGUGUGAAACAGGAAGAAGUGAAAACUGCAAGCAGCAUGGAGAGAACACCGGACUGGUCGGACGAGGAGACCACCGCCACCCCUUUCUCGGCAAACGGGAACAGCAACCCAUUCGAGGACGAGCCAGCCUCUCCGGUCAUUUCCGUGCCGGUCCGAGCGCUUUACGACUACGAGGGCCAGGAGCAGGAUGAGCUGAGCUUCAAAGCAGGGGACGAGUUGACCAAAAUCGGCAUGGAGGACGACCAGGGCUGGUGCAAAGGCCGACUCAAGGAAGGGCAAAUCGGCCUUUAUCCUGCCAACUAUGUGGAGGACAUCUAGUAAUGAUGCCCAGCGAGUCGUUGUACGUUUGUGUGUGAGAGGAGUGGCCAAAAGGACCUCGCAUUGACUCACAAGAUGGAGUCAAGUUGGCAUUAAAAGACACUCAGCUGUUACAAAAAAAAUGGCCAGCACACGUUAGCCACCAAUAAACACUGGGUUUGGCAGGUUGACUGCAAGGCGCUAUGGACUUCUGACUGAUAGGGAGACCGGGGGAUGAUGACAUGACUCGGUAGGUCCAUUUUGCUUCUGUUCGUGGCGGAGAUAAUUGAUAAGGAGCCUUCGUGUGGUCCACAACAAAUAGGUGGGUUUCCUUUAGCACUGCACUUGAAUGUAAACACACUGAUUGUAUUUUCUCAUUGAUUUUAAUAGCUGUUAAACAUUCAACCACUGACCUAAUUCAUACGCGAUCCUCUUUUACUUUUCGUUUAACACUGAAUAUUCAAGCUUAUUCUGCCACCUUUUUUUAAAGUGCCAAGCUACGGGAGCUAUUUUUGUUUGCCGAGCAGUCAAACCGCAGCGUUGUUUUGUAUUAGUGCGAGAACACAACUAAAGCUAUGAAAUUAUAGAUCGGUAUAAGUUGAUGAUUGUUAAUUUAUAUAUAAUGCUCUUUAUAAGUGUUUUUUCUGUUCUCUUCAGAUGCUGCUGAGUAUCGGUUUGUACAAACAUUUAAUACAGGAUUCUGAUUUUCCAAGAUGAUUAUUAUGAUUCAAUUUGCAUGGGGGCCACACUCAUUUAAUUAAUUCAAAAAUAAUAUGUGAAUAAUUUCUGAUAUUUUAAACAUAGCAAUGCUCCGUAGCCUUUGCAAAUGUUUUGUUGUGAGUUAUGGUUGAUUUGUGGAUCGAUUAACUCACUGAAGAAUUUUAACCGUGAUGCAAAGUUUAAGGUUUUUUGCCAUGUUUUCAGGAUACACCGCCACAGCUUCAGCUGUACUUGCACAGUUCAAUGUUUGUAAAUGUUGUCCCACAACAUAAUAAAUGAAUUUACUGGAGUUAUCUGUGGACUUUAUGUUGUGGAGCAUAGUAAGUAUUCACUUAUUUUCUUACGACAUCUUGGG